AAUGAAAGAAUGUUUUCAGAGAUGUGGUAAAAAGAAGGGGAAACCAACAUAAAUGGAAUUAGCUGCAAUCUACAUAUAGUAGAUGUCAAUAUACACUGCCACUGAGAACAUCUCAACUAUCAAUUGUGUUUUGUAACUAGUGAAUUUUGGUCUUUGAUAUAAGAGACCAGGCCAAUAACAUGGUGAUACAAAGGAUUGUUAUUUUAUCAUUAUUAACAACACAAGUAUUAUGUGCACCAAGUGGAUGUAUUACAUCUUGUAAUACUUAUGGUGAUCAUUUUGAAACUCAAUCAUCUGGCAUUCAGAGUUAUAGGGAUUUAACGCAAACUGCAUCACAAUUACAAGGGCCUGCAUAUUCUAAACCUGGUACUUGGUCUGAACACAAUGAAUACAAUAUAAACAAUGGAAAAGUACAUGAAGAAAGGGGACAAUUCACUAAUGGCCAUAAGACUAUAAGAUACUACAAGAAGAAUUAUUCUUCGCAUGAUACAAACUAUCCAAGCAAUACAAGAUUAUCUGAUAUUGAAGAGCUAAACAAUAAUUACAGACAGGGUAUUUAUGUACCUAAUUCUGAAGAUGUUUCCAACUCUCAAAGGACAUAUAACCAAGUAGGUAAUUCGGAAUUAGUAGCACAACAACAUGGGUAUAAUAGGAUACAGAGUCAACAACGUACACAAUCCGCAAUUAGAAGAACUAAUACACAAAGUGAAAAUCUUGAAGACUUUGGAGAAUACAGUGGAAACUCGCAAGUAAUACAGCAAGGCACGUCUAACAUAAAUACUCAUGCUACAGAUCAGCCUUCUUUUACCAAUACACAAUCAGGAAAUUGGAGCAAAGUUGAUUCUUAUAAAACUGAUGGAGGACACGGACGAGUGUUUGAAGAAGAAGGUCAAUAUAUGUCAGGACCUAAAAAAGUUCAAUAUUAUAAAAGAAAUUACACUUCCAGUUAUGGAUCAUCUAACGGACUCCCUGUUUCUGGUAUUACUAAAAUUGGUAUGGAUAACUUACAUAAAGAAAUAGAAAACUUACAUAAAGAGAUGGGAAAAGCUUACAAUCACAUAUCUACCACGAGGGAUGUACAAUCUAGCAAUACUAUGCAAACAAAUAUUAAUACAAACAAUGACUUGGACACUGAUAAUAUUUACAAUAUAAAUAAUAACGCUUAUAGAGGUAGAUCACAAUAUGGAAGUAACUUAUCCGCAUUACAACGUAAUGAACAACAUUAUACAGAUACUGCAAGUGAACAUUCAUCUCAUAGAAAUCCUUCUCAAAAUAUUUAUGGUACAAGUAGUUACAAUAUGUAUGAAAGACGCGAAGGACAUGUGUCAAAUGUCCAGCCAUCCACACAAUAUAUAAAUCCUACAUCAGGAUAUACCAAUGUGAUUACCACAGGAAACAGUGGUUACAAUAAAAAUACAUAUAACGAAGAAAGUAUGCUGCAGCAAACAGAACGUUUGGGUGCACAUCAAUCAACACUUGGACGCAACCAAAUGGCUGGUGAUAAUUUGCAACAAAAUUUGUAUAAUGAACAUCGGUUGUCAGCUUUAAAUACACCAGGAAGAGUUUCACAAUAUAAGGAACAAUGGAGUUCCAGUCAUGCAAGAGAAACAUCAGAACCACAUUAUACUUCAGAUAUUUCACAAAUUAGUGAGCAGAAUGCACAAUAUAACAGCAGAUACCGCGGAGGUAAUUUUAACUAUGCACAUCAAACACAAUUAGGAAAACUGACAACUGGAGCACAUGAUUUAAGCCACCUAGGAAGUCAUGCUGACUGUACUCAUGGAAUAGACCAACAUACACACACAAAUUCUCAAUAUCAUUCUAUAUACAAACGGAAUGCAAAUGAUGAAAAUAAAUUUGAUGAUCUGACCCAACAAACAUCCGAAAAACUCGAGUUUGGUCAACAAUCUCAGCAGACUCAUCAACCAUGGAGACCUGGGAGUGAUAGUCAGCAUUCAGAGGAUAUGACUCAACAAACUGAUGAGUUUGAUGAUCUCACUCAGCAAACUUCUGGAAAACUCGAAUUUGGCCAGCAAUCACAAUAUCCUUUUCAACAUUGGACCUCGGGAAGUGCUAAUCAACAUUCAGAGGAUAUGACUCAACAAACUGGUGAAUUUGAUGAUCUCACUCAACAAACAUCUGGAAAACUGGAGUUUGGUCAACAAUCUCAGCAGACUCAUCAACCAUGGAGACCUGGAAGUGCUAAUCAGCAUUCAGAGGAUUUAACUCAACAAACUGGUGAAUUUGAUGAUCUCACUCAACAAACAUCUGGGAAACUGGAGUUUGGUCAACAAUCUCAGCAGACUCAUCAACCAUGGAGACCUGGAAGUGCUAAUCAACAUUCAGAGGAUAUGACUCAACAAACCAGUGAAUUUGAUGAUCUCACUCAGCAAACUUCUGGAAAACUCGAAUUUGGUCAACAAUCACAGCAGGGUCAUCAACCAUGGAGACCUGGAAGUGCUAAUCAACAUUCACAGGAUAUGACUCAGCAAACCGGUGAAUUUGAUGAUCUGACCCAACAAACAUCUGGAAAAUUCGAAUUUGGUCAGCAAUCUCAAUAUCCUUUUCAACAUUGGACCUCGGGAAGUACUAAUCAGCAUUCAGAGGAUUUAACUCAACAAACUGGUGAAUUUGAUGAUCUCACUCAACAAACAUCUGGGAAACUGGAGUUUGGUCAACAAUCUCAGCAGACUCAUCAACCAUGGAGACCUGGAAGUGGUAAUCAACAUUCAGAGGAUAUGACUCAGCAAACCGGUGAAUUUGAUGAUCUCACUCAGCAAACUUCUGGAAAACUCGAAUUUGGUCAACAAUCACAGCAGGGUCAUCAACCAUGGAGACCUGGAAGUGCUAAUCAACAUUCAGAGGAUAUGACUCAACAAACUGGUGAAUUUGAUGAUCUGACCCAGCAAACAUCUGGAAAACUCGAGUUUGGUCAACAAUCUCAAGAUAUUUCACAACACUGGAAAUCAGAAAAUGUCAAUCAGGAUUCAGUAGACCUCUCUCAACAGUCCUCUGUGGGACCCAUACAUGCACAGCACUCCUAUGAACCACAAGUAUCUGGUAUUGAUAAAAGUACACCUAAUGAACAUGUGUCUAGAGCGCCACUUCCAAAGCCUGCUGGUAAGCCAAGGCCAAGGUCUAGGUAUUCCAGAGUUGGAUCUGUGAUCAGUUUACCAGUAGAAAACCAGAAUGCUGUUAAUGAAGAUAAGUCUAUUGAUAAGGUUCCUGAAUUACCACCAAAAGUUGUUACAGAAGCUGCAAUGGGUGCUACUGGACAUCAAGAUAUCAGAGGAGAUCAAAAUGUUGGAACAUCCAUGGAUAAUGAUAAAACAUUAAAUCAACAAACUGAAGGUAAUGUAUUUGAUAUUGAAGGAGGAAAUAUAGAUCAAGGGAAUUUGUUACACAAGUCUAAUGAUGCAACUGUAGGUUUACAGUGGCAUUAUACCUAUCAUCCCAGUGAUCGAAGGCCAUUCGUGCAACAAACAGAUGAAAAGAAUAAAGAAGACCUACAGCAACAAUCAAGUAACCCAGACGUUUACCAUACUCAAGAUAAUUUGGAUCAGCAGGAAGCUCAAAAUAAAUAUAUAUUUGAAAAUUUGUAUCAACAAUCAUCUAAUGCAGGGGAGGAACAAUCGAAGAUAUAUCAACAAAAUGAUAAAGAAACAGAUAACAUUCAAACAGAAAGUAAGUUAGAAUAUAGUCAACCAACACUAAACGAACCUGAAGGUGAACAAAAACAAGUUGGAAGCAGUGGAUCUCAAUUUCAUUUGGAACCAAGGAUAUUACAAGCUUAUGGUGGUGGACCUUACGAUUCUUUCCACGAUAAUGAUAUGUAUAAUGGAGUAACAGCAAAACCUAGUGCUACUUUACCACCAAUUAGUAGUGCAGACCCAUGGGAUAUUCGUGAUAAGCCAAAAGAAGUGGCUGUGCCAAAUUAUGAAGCAACGGCUCCUCCAAUGCCAGUAGUACCUUUGUCGCCCGAUAUAAAUGAACCAACUCCCCCCCCAACAUUUUGGGCAAGAAUUGGAAAUAAAAUAACAAAUACAUUUGAUAAAGCUAAAGAGAAAGCUAGAAAUAUCUUUGGUUAAAUGUACGUAAACUGUCCAUUAAUGCAUACUUAAUGUUAACUGAAUUCAUUGGAUAAAAAUUAUUUAUCAGUGUCAUUUAGUAAUAUAUUGGUAUCAUUUAAUUAUUUAAUUAAACCAAGAAGUUCACAUAGUAUUAUGGAACAUCAUUAUUUUAAAAUUAUUUCGUAUUGUGUUCUUAUUUAAAUAAAUAUUUUUAACAACA